AUGGACUGGCAAAUCCCUACGCCUCUCGUCUCUGAAAAGUAUCUGUAUGGUACCGAGCAUAACGGGCUUUGGUUGCGGACUGGUGUCUUCCAGCACGAACACAGCACAAACGGUGACUGGGGUGGAGAUGCCGAUAACCACAUUGGCUGGGGGAGCGACCAAGGGAUUGGAGGAUUUGGAGAGGAGCCGGGAAUUAAAGCACAGCUAACGAACCUGAUUCGAUCUGUACGAACCGUUAUGAGAGUACCAUUAAUAGCAGUGAACUCCAUUACAAUCGUUCUCCUCCUGUUGUUUGGUUGA